GAGGAAUUAAUACAAAUAGAAGCUCAAGUUCCGUAUCCUCGAGCUCUGCGAUAGCACAAACAAAUCCACGGCUUUUUUUUCGAUCCCGAACAAAGGACCACAACCACGAAUUGCGCGCAUUCAGUGGCGACCAGCUUGUUCCACCUGCUUUGUACAUCUGUUACGACUCGAACAAGCCAGCAAAAUGCACGAUUUACGACGCCAGGCUCUUGAGAGCGGCAAGACGGUCUCGAAGAAAGCAAAAUCACGAUCGUCGCGAACCUCUUCCGCCGCGAACUCGCGCACCACCUCCCAGGCAGGAUCCCGACAUGGAUCCGACGAUGAAGAAGGAGAUUUGAGUGAUAGCACAAACUGGAGCAUCAAUUCAAUAGAUGAUAUGCUGGCUUUGGACGUGCCUGAGGAUGCUUCAGAGUCGUGGAAGCAAGAACUAGCAGAUCGUAUGGAGGAAAUCAUAGACAGGAAACGAAGCAGCGUCCAGGGCAGAGAAACGACCUUGGCGCAAUAUGUCCACAUUCUUAUGAGCCAUUAUGCAUUCGAGGAUAUUCAGCACAAGGUGUCAGAGCUGCUUCCCGCGUUCCUGAAGAGCAUCAAGGCAGAGAAUACUGAAAAGGAGACUUGCCUUGCUUUACGAGCGAUCGCACUCACCCUCAUUACAACACCCUCGGAGACAAUCUACGAUGCCAUAUUCCAGACACUGAAACGCACAUACACCGACUCGGAAUACCGCAGUGUGAAAGCUGUGGCCAUUCACACGCUCAGCGCGGCAGCAAUCUACGGGGGCGCAGCGGAUACUGCCAUCGAAGAGAUCAUGGAUGACUUGCUGGAAAUUGUUGAGUCGGAUGGCGAGUCUGCAGGCGCUGCUGACAGUGGCGAAGUGGUUGCAGCAGCUUGUGAAGCUUGGGGAUUUUUGGCCACAUCAAUAGACGACCUGGAAGACAAGACCGAAAUGGCUAUGGACGCUUUUGUAGAGCAGCUUGAGAGUAGCGAUGUUUCUGUCCAAGUUGCAGCUGGAGAGAAUAUUGCUUUACUGUACGAGAAGAGCUACACCGAGCGGGAAGAAGAAGAUGGACCAGCCAGCGGCAGUGACGAAGAGGACGAAGAAGGAUUCGCCAUAGACAAGAGCCACGUCAAACGUUACGAGGUUUAUCGACAAAAGCACCAGCUCGAACAGACGCUAGCUCAACUCGCAACAGAGUCUUCAAAACGAAUCACCAAGAAGGACCGAAAGACACUUCACACAAACUUUGCCGAUAUCUUGAACACUAUAGAAUACCCAACACGGGGACCAAGGUAUCAAAAAGCUAUUGAUCAAGAGACCGGCCUUAGAUAUGGGUCCAGACUAACAGUCCGCAUUCACAAGACUGGCAUCAUGAAGAUAGACAAGUGGUGGAAGCUACACAGACUCCAGGCACUUAGAAGGAUUUUGGGUGGUGGAUUCGUUGUUCACUACGAGGACAAUGAGGUUGUUUUUGACAGUCUCCCGAUCAUGAUUGCUGCUCCCGAGGUGCGAAGGAAGAAAUGAACUUGGGAUUUACUCUUUUGGAGUUGGAGUUUGAGCUCAGGAAUGGGAAAAAGUCCUGCAUUGUUCUUUUGAGGAAGGAAAAAAUACCCUGGGGCAUACGCAUUGAGAGGGAGAACCUCCUCUUAAAGGAGUCGAUAACAACAGUGAAUCGUUGAAUUUGGGCCUCCUACUUCUGUUGAAUUUUGAUUUGUGCGAAUCCAUUUGUGCGUGUCACCAUGCGGCUGAGAGGUUAUGAAACCCUGAUAGCUGGGCACAUUCAGGCUGUACAUGUGAGCUGACACCGAGGCUGUGUACUGGACUGCCAGAGCACAGGGAUUGGAUUGCGUGACCUCGGGAAUUCAGACGGUGACCGGCUUGUGAAGUUGGAUCUGACCGUUCAAGUCAACUGAGAAGGGCUCGGACUGGAGGUAGCAGAGCCCCGCGACGUUCUUAUCGUCG